AGGCCUUAAAAGAAGUUGUAAAUUUUUCGAAAAAAACCGGUGACUAUGCAAGUUUGUCUGCCAUUGAUUUGAGAGUCAUGGCAUUAACAUAUAUGCUCGAGGUUCAAGUAAAUGGCACGAAACGAUUACGUAAAGAACCUGUUAGAUCUCUCACUCAAUUUGGUGGUGGUCAUGAAAAAGAACAAAAUUUAAAUAUAAAGACAAAAAAAGAUGAAAACGUGAAUAUUAAGGUUGCAUGUAUGACAACUGAUUAUUCAAUGCAAAAUGUUUUAUUACAAAUGGGAUUGAAUUUAGUCUCCAUUGAAGGAGCUCGAAUUAAAAAAGUGAAAAGUUGGGUCCUUCGAGUAACUACCAAUAUGGAAAAGCAAUUUUGCCCUUCUUGCGGUGGCGCCACUUUAAUUCGCACAUCAACUAGUACAGAUAUGAAUGGCAAAAUAACUUAUUAUUUAAAAAAGAAUUUCCAAUAUAAUUUGCGUGGAACAAAGUAUUCAAUACCAGAUCCAAAAGGCGGUCGUCAUGCCAAUAAUCUUAUUCUUCGCGAAGAUCAAAAAGAGUAUCAAAAUGCCUUAAAGAGUCUUCGUAAGCAAAAAGAAGUGGAUAUAUUUGAUCCAGAUUAUGUUCCUAAACUUUUCAUUGGAUCUGGUUCAACUUCUUGCGGUGUUCCAGUGAUCGGUUGUGGUCGUAGAAAUCCCAACGAAGUCAGACGAGGAAAGGGGAAAGGAAAGAAACGAAGAUGA